AUGACAAAAGCGGCCAAUUUCACCAGCCCAAUCGCAGCUGCCUCCACUUCCUCGACCCACCUUUCAUCAACCAUCUCAUCCUCUCACUUGUAUGCUCAGGCUGAUUCCAAUCGGCCACCUUUUUCCCAUCCCGUUUCUGACGUUCUUGUUUCCCCGAGAAUGUCCACUGUUCAGCCCACGGUAUGGCUAGGUUGUCAGAAUGGUGACCUUCUUAUUUACAGCUCUCUUGGCCUAUCAAGCCUGCCGUUGGACAAAAUCUGUCUUAACCAGUUGAUAACUCAGAUCUGGUAG